AUGGACGACGCAGAUCUAAUAAUAAUGGCGGACUUUUACAGAGACCACAGACAACUGUGUUACGCCAGUUCUUGUUUGCAUAAUGGAAGUCGACUGAAGAAAGCUAUUAACACAUUUCCCAUAAGAUUCAUCUCGCCUGUAGGAGCAUGGGAAGUUAACGGAACAUUUUUUAUGAUAGUGGAGACCAUAUCGAACGGUCUGGGAAAAACACAAAGAAUUAACUUUGAAAGUACGAAGUAUAUAGUCUUCAAAGACAUUCACCACAGUUUUCACUAUUUGAUAACCAAUUUCAUCCAAUCCAAAGGAUUGGAGGUAGAAACUGAAGAAACCUUUCAUAUUUUGAGAAUGGAAAAGGACUUGGCGCUGGAUUUUAAUUUAAAUGUUCCGGAAGAAGUUCAGUUAAGAUCGUUACAACCGGAUGAUGCUUACGAAAUCCGUGCAUAUUGGCCUUAUUUUUAUCCGCAAACCGAUGACUACUUUCGUAUCCUGAUACAAGCUAAUGGAGGAUACGGAUUGUUUUCAAAAAAAGAUGGAGAGCUACUGUCGUGGGCUAUCAAGACAAUGUCAGGAACAAUUGGUUAUGUCCAAACAGUCGAUAGGGCUCAAAAACGAGGAUACGCCACAAUAAUAGUCAGACUAAUGGCAAAAGAAAUGGUGUUUGAACACCAAUAUCCUGUAAUAAUGGUCCCCACGAGUGAUUAUGAUUCCCUCAACUUUUUCGAAGGAAUUGGUUUUCAAAUGGUUGGGCUAUGUCAUAAUAUUUAUCUAAAGCAAAAGAAACCAACAGAGGUACGUAGUAUAAUAUCCAAAUUAAUAAAAUAA